AUAUAUUAUUUGGAUUCCAAAUUAAACUAUCUGAAGAAGAAUACAAAAAUGGGGAUCUGUGCUUCCUCAAACGUUGUUCAUUCUUCUUCAGACGCCGACGACAUUUUUGGCGCCGCCGUCGUUUACUGCUCGAAAACCACCGCCGGCCGGCGAGGUUCCGCCUACUCCCUCACCGGAAGCAAAGGCCUCAACCAAGAUUCCGCCAUUCUUUACCAGGGUUACGGGGGUGAGGAUGGGGUGCUGUGUGCGGUGUUUGACGGGCACGGUCAGAACGGCCACGCUGUCAGCAACCUCGUACGGAACCACCUGCCGGAGCUGCUUCUCCGCCACCACAACAACACCUCCGGCGACGGCGAGAAUAAUAAUAUGAUUAAAGAAGCAUGUGUGAUAAGUGCAUUUACAGCCAUGGAUAAAGAUAUCAAGAUUCUUCAUGAUCAGACAACCUUCGACUUGGCCUCCAGCGGAAGUACAGCUGCACUUGUCAUCAAACAUGGAGAAGAGUUGGUGGUGGCGAAUCUUGGAGAUUCUCGAGCUAUUUUAGGACAACGAAGCGAUGGGAAGAAGGGAGAGAAAGUCGUCCCUUUUCAGUUAACCACGGACCUCAAGCCCGGACUUCCAUGCGAAGCAGAGAGAAUAAGAAAGUGCAAAGGCAGAGUUCUUGCACUUAAAGAAGAAUCCCAUAUUCUAAGAGUAUGGCUGCCGUACGACGACUCGCCGGGCCUCGCCAUGUCACGGGCCUUCGGCGAUUUCAUGCUCAAGCAGUACGGCGUUAUUGCAACCCCCGAUAUCUCUUACCACCAUUUAAGUCCCGAUGACGAGUUUCUUGUAAUAGCGACCGAUGGGGUGUGGGAUGUCCUCACUAAUGAGACCGUCGUGUCCAUUGUCUCGUCGGCGAGGAGCCAAGAAGAAGCUGCGAAGCUUGUGGUCGAGGAGGCUGCAGCCGCGUGGGAGAGCAAAUACCCGAAUUCGAGAAGGGAUGAUUGUACUGUUGUUUGUCUUUUUUUGCGAUAAAAUUGAAUGCGUCUUAUAUGGUUACGGAUGUGCAUUGAAAGCGAAUCUGUUGAUUCGAAUAUAAAAAUUCGAAUUUUUUUUUUGAAAAAAUAAAAAUAAAAAUUUAAUUUCAAGGUUUAUAUUUUCCAAUUUCAAAUUUUUGAUUGAAUUGAUGGAAUUGCAAGUGAACAAUAUAAAUUUCGGUUAUUUAAACUCU